AUAAUGGAGAUGUAAUUGAUGAUGGUUAUGAUCGCAUAAACUUUAACUGGGCUUGGAAUCAGCCUGGAACACAUUUCAUGAACGAUGACGAUUUUGGUAUUCCAAAUAGAACUGGUCGUGCUUUGUUUAGUUUUGGUAACAGACGUCACAGGCAUAUGCCUGGUCGUCGAGCUAUUCUUGAAGUUCCACCAGAGGGUCUCGAUUAUGUUAUUGGUGACCCUGUAGGUUACGGCUUUAAUUUUGGAACAAAUGAUGAUAUAGAUAAUUCAGGACUAUGGCGCAGUAACAGAACACUACCAGACACUAAUGAUGAUGUUACCACUCACCCUCUACUUGUUAAUCGAUCUCCCACCGUUCCUUCUGUUGCUAGCGUUGAACUUACUAGGGGACGUACUGUUCGAAACGGACCUUUGGGCGAUUGGACACAAUCAAUCGAAGAAUUAAUCGGUGGUGGUGCAGUUCAAUUAUUAGAACAAUUGUUAACUAGAAGUCGGGGUUUAGGACAUUCUUCUACAUAUAGACUUGAAUUAAAUACUGGGUCGUCAGGCUUAGUGAGCGGCAUUGAG